AUGGUCAACUCCUGUUGUGGUUCUGUGUGCUCUGAGCAGGAGACCUGCUGCCGCCCCAGCUGCUGCCAGACCUCCUGCUGCCGCCCCCGCUGCUGCAUCUCCAGCUGCUGCCCUACCCCCUGCUGCAGACCGCAAUGUUGCCAGUCUGUGUGCUGCCAACCCACCUGCUGCAUCUCCAGCUGCUGCAAGCCCCCGUGCUGCCAGCCCACUUGCUGCAGACCCACCUGCUGCAUCUCCAGCUGCUGCAAGCCCCCGUGCUGCCAGCCCACAUGCUGUCGCCCCACCUGCUGCAGCUCUAGUUGCUGCCAGCCUCCGUGUCUCCAGACCACCUGCUGCAGAACCCAGUGCUGCCGCCCCAGCUGCUGCACUGUGUCCACCUGCUGCUGCCCUAGCUGCUCCAGUGCUUCUUGCUGCUAA